UCAAAGAUCCUUAGAGAUGGUAAUGAAAACGUGCUUGUUGUUGGUCUUCAUUUACAGUGAAUUGUUCAAUAAAUAUUGACUAAACGAGAUGAACAGAUUGAUUAGGUUGGAUAUCAAAGAGUAUAAAAAGUUGAUGGCAAUGACAUUAAAUCAUCAGUCUUCUUGGAUCAAUCGAAGAAAAUCAAAAAAUGAACAUUUCUUUUUAUAUUUUGUUACUUUUUGUUGUCUCAACUUGCGCUAGCAAACUUCAACCAAAACCCUUGGGAUUAAAGGAAACCAAGCGAUAUGUGAAUGAGUACUCUAGCAUUGAUGCUUCUGGAAUCCAAUCAAGUCUUGACUCUACAGCCCAAUUGAAGACUAAAGUUGUGCCUUUACCAAUUGCCUCUUUUAUAAGGAAGACCAGAUCGCUGAGAAGUCCUUAUCUUCGAACCUUGGUGUUUCGACGUGAAAAUGAAAUCUGUUUCUCAAAGUAUCCUAAAUUGGUGUGCAAACAAGGUGAAACAGCUACAAAAACUGAAACAAAGGAGAUUGAUUUGGUUUGUUUCGGAAAGAAUCAACAUCCACUUUACGAAAAAUUGAUUACUGAAGUUGAUAGUCGUGUAAUCACUGAACUUGCUUCUCUUGACAGAACUGAAACUUAUACAUACAAUUCACCAACCGAGUGCAGCAAAUCAUGAAUCAAUUCGAGGAAUUAAAUGUGUUUUUUCUUUCGCUUU